UAUAUCACUUUUUAAUGUUACUUUUAUCCAUAAAUUUUAGCUCAUGUGAAUCUUUUUAGACCUUUUUCCUCAUUUAUCUUUUAUAUCAAUCACUUUCAGGUUUUCCAUCAUUUAUUGCAGUCAUCUGUUAUUACAGAUUUUUCCCAUAUAAAUCAUAUAUGUAGCUCUGUACCAUCAUAUCCAUACGUUUAAGCUGAUAUCAAUGAGAUAAAGUUUUUCAGUGAUAAAUGAUUGACAUACAGACACUUUGGUCUGUAUGUCAAUUUAUAUCAAAUAUUUUAAUUUUAACAUUCAUUUUCAAAUGUUUGUUGUAGCUGCAUUUCAGUGUAAUCACACGUUACUGUUUUGUUAAUUUACUAAACUAUAUCAUUUGCAUAACUUGCAUCUCGCGUUCUCUGGGAGCUUUAUUUUGAAAGUUCUCUGCAGGCGUGGGUUACCUAUUGUGAGCCGGUUGGCUUGACAACGGGAAUGAUGGGAGGUGCUUGUCCACGUCCGAGAUCGGGGACGGGACAGGUAGAGCCAGGUGAACAGAAGCUGCACACCUGACACUGACACACACACACUUUGUCUCUCUCACACACACACACGGACACACACGGGCUGAGGGAGAGGAGGCGGCCGUUGCGCUGAAGAGGCUCUUGGGACUUCACAUCCUGCUCAGCACACCGGGAACCAGAGAAGGGGGGACCAUUAGGAGCGUCAGGGCGCAGCAGACACAGCAGCUGCUGCGGGCUCGGACUGUUCAGAGAGGGGCUGAACUGCGCCUUUAACUCCCGGGACUCUGUGAGUGAUUAAGCGGAGGGCUGCAGCCUCCUGCCGGGGCGGAUUACUGCCCGCUGUGGUCUCACAUAAUCCGCACUUUGGGAUUUUCUUCAAUGUUCCCGGAGCAGAGCAGCAGGUAGUUCCUCCCCCGACCUCCCCGCGCACCUUUUUUCUCUAUUCAAACCCCGGGGGAGGGGGGGUCAGAGACCCGGUGUACCCACUUAAUCCCGCACCUGCUGACCGCAGCAGCACCAUGAUCAGCUCCGAGGGCCUGAGGCCGGCCUCGAACGGCAGGAAGCCGCUGGGCAAGCUCGCCACCCGGCUGGAGGAGGUGAAGAACCCGUGGCGGCAGGGCUCCACGCUGGAGCUGAGCCACAACGAGGCGGCCCGGCUGGCCACGGACGCACUGCUGGAGCACGGGGAGAAGGAGUACCGCAGGGUGCUGACCGAGGAGCGGGAGGUGAACUUCCUCUCCCCGCUGGAGAUCCACUACAUCACGCAGCAUGCGGCCAGCAAGACGUGCGGCGGCCCCGACAGCAACGGCGUAGGGCCCGGGGACCGGGACUUCGGGGACGGGGACGCCGUGUCCGAGCUGACUUCUGGGACUUACUUCCCCAUGAUGUCCGACGAGGAGCCGCCGAUGCUGGAGCUCGGCUGGCCGGACACACCGACGAGAUACGGACCGUCGGAGACUCAGAUCUACUUCCAGAGAGACAAAAGCCACAACAUCAAAGAUCUCAUCAGGUCCCUGAUCAACAAGGCCAAGAAGGUGAUCGCCGUGGUGAUGGACGUGUUCACGGACGUGGACCUGCUCUGCGACCUCAUGGAGGCGUCCAACAAGCGCCGAGUCCCCGUCUACAUCCUGCUGGACGAGAAGAACCUCGGACACUUCACAGACAUGUGCUCCGCGCUGGAUAUUCAGAACUCUCACCUCAGUAACAUGCGUAUUCGCAGCGUUUGUGGCGACACGUACUGCACCAAGAGCGGAAAGAAAUUCACCGGACAAGUCCUGGAGAAGUUCAUGAUCAUCGACUGUGAAGAGGUCAUCGCCGGAUCAUACAGUUUCACCUGGUUGUCGGCUCAGGUGCACAGCAACAUGGUGAUGCAUUUCUCGGGGCGCAUCGCCGACAGCUUUGACCGAGAGUUUCGCUGUUUGUACGCCGACUCUCAGAUCAUCGACUGUUUCUACAACCCGGAGGAGGACGGGAUGCCGUACUACCCACCGUACCCUCCCGUGAUAGCCCCCGGCCUGGCUCUGGGGCUCAGCCCAGGCCACGGGCUGGAUCUACUGUCUGAAAGGCAGCGGGACAGGGGGUGCUCGGAAAACUCCAGCAGCCCAUCAAGUAGCAGCGUCUCCAGUGUGAAGGCUGCACCUGGGAUGUCCCCAAACACUGUCUACAAGGUCACCCAAGGUCACGAUAAGAAGGAGGCCGCUGCCGGCUCCCACAUAAGCCCUGAGAGAAGACUCGGCGACCGAUCGGGAGGACAGACCCCUACACCAGGAGGGCGAGGCUCUGCUAACGGGGGAAUCAAUCACAGCCCAAUUCCCGAUCGCCCGCCACCCGCCUACGGUCAAGCGAUGGGUAUUGAGUGGAACAAACCCAACACAACAGAUGUCUUGCGGGCAAAUAUCGGUGGAACGUCGACAAAGUUCCAGGGUUUGGGGCUGUACGAUCACAAACCAAAUCUCUUCCCCUCCUCGAUACCCUCCCCAGUCAGUGACACCAAACCGCCGCCUAAGCAAAGGCUGCCCGGCGGGAUGUUCAACAAACUUUCAGAUUAUCUCUUGUCAUCCAACUCUAAAGACAGGGACGCCUACAACUUCCGGAGGACUCCGUCUCCUCACGGCUCACCCUGGGGAGGACCGGACCUUUCUCCAACUGAGCCAGAGAGUAAGCAGAGUCCACCGCCGCCGCUCUCUCCGGUCGGUAUAAUAAGCCGGCAGGACCAGAAGCGAAUGACGCUGGGCCACAGCAAGCUGGACCUGGUGAACCAAUACAACAAGAUGAAGCCCAAGCAGGUGUACAGCCGCUUUGAGCUCAAGGGCACGAAUUAGACUGGAAGGCCAACCAUCAGAGAGGUUAAUGUGACUCUGGAACAUUCCUCUGGUAUCUUUUGUUAUAAAGAAAAGACUCGAAGAUCUUGGAAAUUGCUCAAGUUUGGUCUUCAGACCUCAGCCCUACAGGAAACUAAGACUCUUGAGGAGCCAUUUUGGCUCCGUGUAGUUUCCCUUUUAUCAAACGAGAGGUUUUUAACGCAGAGUUGUGGCUUUUUUUGAGGUCGUAGUUUACCAAACAAAUCACACUUUUACUAAAUCUGCACAUCAUGAUUCAGCGACAGUCACUACCUGAGUAAAUAUGUUCUCAUAGGUGAAAUAAGUUUCAAAGAUUAACAACACGUGAAAACCAUCGAAAAUGUGAAUCUUUGGCUUCAGCACUCCAGAGGCUUUCAUGUGGGCAUUUCUAUACAUUUUAUACUCGGUGACAUUCCUGAGAAACAAUUUGAAUUCUUCCUUUGGGUAAACGUAGGAUUCUGCAGUCAUUGUGCUGAAGAAUUGUUGGUCCACAGAGACCUUUCUCACAUUUAUUGAACGUUUAUGCUACAUUUGGAUGGAAACUUAACUAAUGCACGUUUAACUGACUGGAUCCCAGCCUGGGGCUCAGCUCGAAAUGUGCCGAUGGUUUAACAAGCAGAUCCUUGAUACUAAUAUCGCUCAAAUUCUGCAGAUUAAACAAUCACUUUGUUGGAUUUCACAUUGUGACGCGACCUCCACAGUUUUAUUGGAGACGUUUGAAUCUGAGGUUAUUUUUUUGUUUCAUCUUUUUUUUCUCAUUAAGUAAAUAAAGGGAUCAAUGAGUCACCUAACAAACAAAGAUUUUUUUAUUCUGACACUCGACUGUUUCUGCUCUGUAAACGAGUCAUGCCAUAUACUAACACUAAGUAAAAAUAUAUUUUAACGUCUUAAAGUCAAGAUUUUUUAUUAUGGGAAAAAGAUCAGUGUAGAAAUUCAAAUCCCUCAAAA